AUGACGAUAAAGAUCAGCCUCUGCCCCCGCAACUCUACCAAACCCAGACAGAGGGAGACACAGAGCCCCCAGCUGUCACCUCAUUUGAACUGAAACAACUGAAAGCCAAAGACAACUUUUUAAUAUCAGAACCAACAAGUGACCACCAAACCCUCUCUAACUGCUGUCAUGUAACUAAGAGUGAAGCUGACCAUAUUUGCAGUCACCAAAACUGUGAGGCGGUGGGUUCAACUCAGAGAACAAGGAUGAAAUCUUACAAAAAGCCCUACAACAAGUGCAAAAUUUGUGGGAAAGUUCUUUAUAAUUUGGAAAUUUUUAAAAUUCACAUGACAUUUCACACAGGGGAAAAGCCUUUCAAAUGCACCACUUGUGGGAGAGAUUUUACCUGGAAGUAUGACAUGGAGAGGCAUACAAGGACUCAUGCAGGGGAGAAACCAUUCGGAUGCGCCAUGUGUGGGACAAUGUUUACCCACAAGUCACAUUUACAAACACACAUAAGGACUCAUACAGGGGAGAAACCAUUCAGAUGCGGCACUUGUGGGAAAAUGUUUACCUGGAAGUCACAUUUACAAGGGCAUGUAAGGACUCAUACAGGGGAGAAACCAUUCAGAUGUGUCACAUGUGGGAAAAUGUUUACCCACAAGUCAAAUUUACAAACACACAUGAGGACUCAUACAGGGGAGAAGCCAUUCACAUGCGGCACUUGUGGGAAAAUGUUUACUCAGAAGUCACAUUUACAAAGGCAUGGAAGGACUCAUACAGGGGAGAAACCAUUCAGAUGCGCCACACGUGGGGAAAUGUUUACCCACAAGUCAGAUUUACAAAGGCAUGCAAGGACUCAUACAGGGGAGAAGCCAUUCACAUGCGCCUCUUGUGGGAAAAUGUUUACCCGGAAGUCACAUUUACAAAGGCAUGUAAUGAUUCAUACAGGGGAGAAGCCAUUCACAUGCGCCUCUUGUGGGAAAAUGUUUACCCGGAAGUCACAUUUACAAAGGCAUGUAAUGAUUCAUACAGGGGAGAAGCCAUUCGGAUGUGUCACAUGUGGGAAAAUGUUUACCCACAAGUCAAAUUUGAAAAUACACAUGAGGACUCAUACAGGGGAGAAGCCAUUCACAUGCGCCACUUGUGGGAAAAUGUUUACCCAGAAGUCAGAUUUACAAAAGCAUGUAAGGACUCAUGCAGGCGAGAAGCCAUUCAGAUGCGCCACAUGUGGGAAAAUGUUUCCCCGCAAGUCAGAUUUACAAGCUCACAUAAGGACUCAUACAGGGGAGAAGCCAUUCGGAUGCAGCACGUGUUGGAAAAUGUUUUCCCACAAGUCAAAUUUACAAAAGCACAUAAGGACUCAUCCAGUGGAGAGCCAUUCAGGAGCUGUGAUUGUGGAAAUGGGUUCAGCUCAAAAUGGCAUCUCAAACGACAUGCCAUGAUCCAUACUGGUGAGAGGCCUCACAGGUCACUGUGAAAAAAGUAAACUGACUAUUUAUCUUAAUCAUUUAUAUUCAUUUCAUAUUGCAACAUGUGUCAGAGGAUUAAAUUGAAUCAUUAUAUGGUGCAACUGC